AUGGCUAACAUGCUGCUCCAGAAAUAUGCCCAGCUUGGGCAUUUGCAGCAGGCAAUACACGUCUUUGACUCUAUCCUCCACAAGGACAGUUUCUCUUGGAACUCGAUGCUAUCCGCGUAUGCCCGUGCCGGAAAGCUCGAGCACGCAGAGCGGAUCUUUACCCAGAUGCCAGAUCCAAACCUUGUGUCUUAUAACGCAAUGUUGUCUUCAUAUGCCAUCAAUGGGCAUAUUAGAGAUGCGGAAAAACUCUUUGAUUCCAUCCCUCUAACAAAUCAAGUGACUUGGGCAGCUAUCCUUGGCGCAUAUGCCCGAAACGGGCAUAUGGAAAAAGCUAAAGGAAUCUUUAGCACGAUGCCGGAGUAUAGCCUUGUCUCGUGGAACUUGAUUCUCUCUGCCUAUGCCGAUAGAGGGCAUUUGAAAGAGGUGGUGGAAGUUUUCCAAACAAUGAAAGAAAGAAACGUGGGAUCUUAUAAUGCAUUGCUCUCUGGGUAUGCUUUUGACAGAAGCCAAAUCUCAAAAGCAAGGAAUAUACUUGAUACGAUGCCAGAGAGAGAUUUGGUGUCGUGGACUGUCAUGCUAAUAAGCUAUGCCCAGAAAGGGCAUCUGGAUGAAGCUCAGGUGAUUUUCGAGAAUAUGGAAGAGCGGGAUGUGGUUACGUGGAAUGCAAUGUUAGCUGCCUACUCUGCAAAUGGCCGCGUCAAGGAAGCCAAGAAAAUGUUUGACAAGAUGAAAGAGCACAGCCUUGUGUCGUGGACCACGCUGAUAUCAGCAUAUUGCCACAAUGGACGCGUUGGCCAAGCUCUUGAUUUGUUUAACCAGAUGGAAGAGCACGAUUUGACUACGCGUAACACUAUAUUUGCGAUGCUUGUUCAAAACAAUGAAUUUGAGGAUGCCAAAAGAAUCUACGAUCGUACUCCAAUUCUGAACGAAGUAAGCUUGACUAUUAUGGUGGAAGCAUAUGCCCAGAAAGGCCAUUUGGAAGAAGCAAAAUGCAUGUUUGAUCGCCUGAAAGUCAGAAGUUUGAUAUCUUCAACGGCAAUGUUGUGUGCAUACGAUUUAUUCGGAUUCACAGAAGAAGCAGAAAACAUGUUUCACUCCAUGCAAGAGCACGAUAUUGCCUCGUGCAAUGCAAUGGUGUCAGCAUAUGCCCAACAUGGGCAUAUCUGUAAAGCUAAGUUCUUAUUUGAUGCGUUGCCAUUUCGAGAUCCGAUCUCCUGGAACGCAAUGCUCUCGGGCUACAUCCAAGCCGGGAAGCUCCAAAAGUCUUGGCAAUUCUUCACGAAAAUGCCAGAAAUAGAUUCUUUCUCGUGGAACUCAUUCCUUGCCGGCUAUGCCCAGCGCGGAGAAAUCGAUUCCCUCGCCACCCUGCUUCACUCACUGGCCUUAACGCUCCUCCCAGACGAGAUCUCUUUCGUGUGUGUGUUCUUGGCACUCAGCCACAGUGGUAAUCUCUUCUCGGCCUGGAAAUACUUCCUGUCCAUGAGCAGUGACUACAACUUGGUUCCAACAAAGCAGCAUUUUUGCUGCAUGGCCAAUUUGCUGGGUCGAGCCGGUUACCUGAAAGAAGCCGAGGACUUAAUCGCGACCAUGCCGUAUGUGGGCGACGAUUUGGACUGGACAUGUGUGCUUGCGUCUUGCGGCUUACACAAAAACAUGGAGCUCGCUAAUCGAGCUAGCAAACAAGAGGGUUUCGGUGAUGGCGGCCUUGACAACAAUCUGGCAGCCUGCUACUUCGGAACGAUCAGCCACUCGAAGAUCUUCCAUGGUAUGUAUGAGCAUCUGUUUGUAGGAUACAUCGAACGAGCGCAUUUCCAGAUCCACACGGGAUUUCGCCGACUCACACCAAGAGCCAAGAGAAACUCUACAAGGUGCUCAGUGUCACACCAAGAGCAAAGCUGCUCGAAUAGAGUUCCAACAUUCUGGGAGCGUUUGUUGCUUGCCUGGCAAGUUCUCUUCCCGCCUUCAAACUCUAGCGCAGAGACAAGUGCCAACAUCGCGAAGCAGCGGUUGAAGAUGGUUCUCAUCGCAGAUAGGUGUGCUGUAAGCGACGCAGCGAAGCGGAUGAUCGUCUCCAACGUUGUUGGAGCAAUGUCUCAUUUUGUCGAGGUUGAGUCGGAGGAGAAGGUCCAGCUAAACGUGACGACCGAUUCUGAGCUUGGCACCAUUUACUCCAUCACUAUUCCGGUGAGAAGAGUAAAGCCAGAGUAUCAGCUUUCCUCCAAAGAUUUGGAGGGCGUGGAGCUAGCGGAAGGAUUGACGUGCAACAUUGUUCUCGAUCCUCGGGAACCAUAG